UACCAUCUCGAUGUUGCUUGCCUAGUCGCCACGACCCAGACGUAGAAGACGAAAAAGGUCACCUUGUGCUAAACAGACAAGGUAGAGGAUUGUGGACGGUGGUGAUGAGAUGUGAAUGAGUGAGAGAGACAUCACAAGAUUGAAUGAUAGACUACUGAGCGCUGUUUUGAUGGAGUCACGUGAUGAGGUUGAAGGUCUACUGGAUGAAGGCGCUGAAGUGGAUGCGUGUGAUAGAUAUGGAUGGACUGUACUGAUAAUAGCUUGUAGGAAUGGCUCCAAGUCAUUAGUUGAGCUUUUGUUGUCUAGAGGGGCAGAUAUCAACAGAACUGAUAAAUGGGGUUGGACUGCUCUAAUGUGGACAGCAUUUAGUGGUUAUGAUGAAAUCAUUGAUAUCCUGUUAGCUGCAAAAGCAAAUGUUAAACAGAAGAAUGAGUAUGGUACGACUGCAUUUGAUUUUGCUAUGAUGAAUGGUCACAUGUCAACAGCUGGUCGGUUGGUGUUUGCAAGUGUAAGAGUUGAAGAUCUUACAGUUGAAACUCGUUCUCCCGUGUUCCAUUGGGCAUGUAAGAACAAGAGAGUUGAUGUUGCAAGAAAUAUUGUGGAACAUGACGGAACAGAAUGGAAGGGCAAAGAUGGUCGUGAUGCAUUGGAUAUUGUGGCUGUUUAUGACAACGUGGACAUUGCUGACAUCAUCCUGAAGAGAAGACUGCCAGACGGCAAUGAUGUGGAAACGACUGUUUCUAUGUCAAUGGAAGAUGUUGCAGUGGAGACUCGAUGUGUCGUGUUCCACUGGGCACACAAGAACAGUAGAGUGGAUGUGAUAAGAAAGAUUGUGGAGGAGGGAACAGAAGUGAAGGACUACUUGGGACGAACUUUACUUCACUAUGCUGCUGAUCAUGGCAACUGUGAUGUGGUUGAUGUUCUCUUGAGUAAGAAGGCAGAUGCUGAUGCUAGAGACAAGUAUGGCAAGAAGCCUUUUGAUUUGGCUGUGAUGAAAGGUCACAUGUCAGCUGCUGGUCGGUUGGUGUUUGCAAGUGAAAGAGUUGAAGAUCUUACAGUUAAGACUGGUCCUCUCGUGUUCCAUUGGGCAUGUAAGAACAAGAGAGUUGAUGUUGCAAGAAAUAUUGUGGAACAUCACGGAACAGAAUGGAAGGGCGACGAUGGUCGUGAUGCAUUGGAUAUUGUGGCUGUUUAUGACAACGUGGACAUUGCUGACAUCAUCCUGAAGAGAAGACUGCCAGACGGCAAUGAUGUAGAAACGACUGUUUCUAUGUCAAUGGAAGAUGUUGCAGUGGAGACUCGAUGUGUCGUGUUCCACUGGGCACACAAGAACAGUAGAGUGGAUGUGAUAAGAAAGAUUGUGGAGCAGGGAACAGAAGUGAAGGACUACUUGGGACGAACUUUACUUCACUAUGCUGCUCAUCAUGGCAACUGUGAUGUGAUUGAUGUUCUCUUGAGCAAGAAGGCAAAUGCUGAUGUAACGGACAAGGAUGGCAAUAAGCCUUUUGAUUUGGCUGUGAGAAGAGGUCACAUGUCCACAGCUAAUCGGUUGUUUUCAAUAAUGCAGUCAGUUGAAGAUGUUGCAUUAGAGAAUGUGUGUAAGCUGCUGCAGUGGGCAUGUAGGAAUGAAGUGGAUGUUGCAACAAAGAUUGCAGAGAAGUUUUGUCAAUCAGUGGAGAAGAAGUCUGGUCGCACUUUACUUCACUUUGCUGCUGAACUUGAUCAUUGUGAGGCAGUCGAGUGUCUGUCGGAGAAGAAGGCUGAUGCAGAUGCUAAAGAUAAGGAUGGCAAUAAGCCUUUUGAUUUGGCUGUGAGAAGAGGUCACAUGUCCACAGCUAAUCGGUUGUUAUCAAUCAUGCAGUCAGUUGAAGAUGUUGCAUUAGAGAAUGUGUGUAAGCUGCUGCAGUGGGCAUGUAGGAAUGAAGUGGAUGUUGCAACAAAGAUUGCAGAGAAGUUUUGUCAAUCAGUGGAGAAGAAGUCUGGUCGCACUUUACUUCACUUUGCUGCUGAACUUGAUCAUCGUGAGGCAAUCGAGUGUCUGUUGGAGAAGAAGGCUGAUGCAGAUGCUAAAGAUAAGGAUGGCAAUAAGCCUUUUGAUUUGGCUGUGAGAAGAGGUCACAUGUCCACAGCUAAUUGGUUGUUAUCAAUAAUGCAGUCAGUUGAAGAUGUUGCAUUAGAGAAUGUGUGUAAGCUGCUGCAGUGGGCAUGUAGGAAUGAAGUGGAUGUUGCAACAAAGAUUGCAGAGAAGUUUUGUCAAUCAGUGGAGAAGAAGUCUGGUCGCACUUUACUUCACUUUGCUGCUCAACUUGGUCAUAGUGAGGCAGUCGAGUGUCUGUUGGAGAAGAAGGCUGAUGCAGAUGCUAAAGAUAAGGAUGGUAAGAGACCCUACCAACUGACUGAUGGUAAACUGAGAAGACGACUGAUGAAAGCAAUAGAUGAACAGAAGUAUGCUGUUCUGUAUGCCGAGGGCACAGUGAAACCAGAAAUCAUGAAAUUGUGUUUCAUUGGUAAAGAAGGAGCAGGAAAGACGACACUCAUGGAGGCUCUCAAACGAGGAUUGUUGAAGUGGAUUUUUACAAAUGAAAAUCAAGCAGAUGACCCAAAAUGUGAAGAAGAACGCACGAUUGGUAUCAACGUGAUGACAGUCGAUAUUCCAGGAGUGGGUCGCUUGUCAGUGUGGGACUUUGCAGGUCAAGGGCAGUUCCACAAAACACACGGCCUUUUCUUUCCCUCCAACUCGUUCUUCAUCCUGCUAGUGAGUCUAGUGAGAGGAGAGGAGAGCCAACCGUGCAGUGUUAAGGAGUUACAAGAAGAGCUUCAGUAUUGGCUCUCAUUUCUCAGAGCCAGUUUGGAUGCAGAGUUUAUACCCACAGUGUUGAUAGCUGGCAGUCACAUAGAUUACUGUCCAGGCCGUGAGGGUGUCUUGCAGCGUGUGGUCGACGACAUGCGUGAACUGUUCAAAGGCAAGAUCAACAUCAUUGAAGUUUGUUUUGUUCUGGACUGCAGGAGGAGCAGGUCACCUGAAAUGAAACAACUAAAGAAAGUUCUCUGUGAUGUGAAGCAGCAGUUGCAGCAGUCUGCUCCUCUGUAUCCUCGUCUUUGUAAGCCAGUCGUGUCCAAGUUGCUUCCUUCUCUUCGUAAGAAAGAAAAAGAUCCGUUCAUGAAGAAGGCAACACUGAUGGAGAGGAUUGAGCAGGAAGCAUGUCCAGGACAAGAGAAGAAGGUUGUACAGAAGGUAGUUGAUUUUCUAGAUGAUUCAGGAGAGAUUGCUGUUGCCGGUGAUGUGGCAGCUCUCAAUCCUGCAUCUCUACAUCAUUAUGCCAUCGGUCCUCUCAUUGCUUCUGAGGAUUUUAAGUAUCAUGUCAGGUCAAAGACGAAGGAUGGCACAGUAACAAGAGAAGAAGCAGAAUCAGCAAUCGAUCGUUUCCAAAAAGAUAAGAAGAUUCAAGUUCAACUCGACACAGAUAAAGUUCUGGCUAUAAAUGAAUCUCUUGAUAUCUGCUUCAAAGUGGAAGGCAGAGACGACACGUACAUGUUUCCAGCUCUCUUGCCUCCUAAGGAUCUGUCUGUCAUGUGGAAGAGAGACGAGAGUAAGAAAGUGUAUGUCGGUCGACGUCAAGUGUGCAACAGUCAGACGACCAUCUUCAGUCCAUCUGCAUUUGGCAUGUUUCAAUCUAAAGUUUGCACUACAUUAGAUAAGAAAGCACUGCUGUGGAGGAAUGGACUUAUCACAUCACAAGGUCAUGAAGCUAAAUUUCAUGUCCAGUGUUUGAUUGCCAUGGUAGAUCCUGUUCGUUCUGUCGACUUUGUCUGUCGUGGAGGUGAGGCAACAGAAGUAGAAUGCAUUUCCCUGCUCGACACUGUCAUGUCUCUUUGGAGAGACAUGUUAGAAACAUACAGUCCAGGCACUGACUAUGAGACCAAAUAUCUGAGCAGAAAGCAUUUAGAGGAGCACAAAGAACUGAAACAAGUUGCUGUUUACUCAAAGAAGGAAAUCAAAGAAGCAAAGGUAACUGGAAAAGGAGCAAAAGCUGCUGUAAAACAAGUAGUUGGUGAUGAGCUAGUUGUAGAAAGUCUUGGUGACUUGUUACUGUCAGAAUUGAAUGCAGAAGAAGAAAACUGUCAAUUUUGCCAAUCAGGAAUGUUGCCCGAUUAUGAGACUGUAAGGAAUACUGUUGUUAAACACGGCAGUAGUCAGUGGUAUGAGAUUGCAGUCAAGUUGGGACUAAACAACAACAAGAUCAGAGAAGAAACUCACAACAAAGCUACGGAUGGCGGCAAGUUGACGGCUGUUAUUGAAGCAAAGAGGGAGCAAGUUGGAAAAAUGGAAACAGUAAAGGAGUCGUUGAGAGCGUGUCAUCGGAUACACACACCUAUAGACAGAGAGGUGGAAUAUGAAUUAGAAAAGAAAGGGAAAGAAUGUUAGCUGUGACUAGGGCGGAUGUGAACAUUACUGCAGCAAAGUUGUUUCAUUUCCUACCACAGAAUGUACACCUCGGCUCUAGGUAGUCACAGUAUUUAUAUUAUAUAGUGGACACUUUAUAUAUUUGUCAACAAAGAGUAUUAUCUAGAUGUAAACAGACUAGAGUCUCUGAUGUACUAUC